CGCGAGCUCGAGGUUGAACCAUGUGGAUGUCGUUGGCAGCGAGAGGCCGGGGGGCAGCGGCGGUGGUCACAGCCAGCCGAGUCGCCUGGUGUCGGUUACCGGCCGGCCUCCGGGGCUGUGCUCAACCGGCCAUCGGCGACAAGGAUGAACUGGCUCCCGGAUCCGGUACCAGGGUGAAGAGGAGCGUUAGGCAAAUAAUCCUGAAUUGUAAAACAGAAUUGGCAGUCUUACAGAAAAAUGAGCUAUGCUUUCACCCAGGACUGGCCAUUGUUCAGGUCACUGAUAAUGAUAUAUUGGAGGUCAAAAAGAUGGCAGCAGAGGUUGGCUUACAUGUUGUUCACAUAUGUUUGCCGGAAGAAACUGCUACAGAGGAGCUUUUAGAUGAGAUCAUGAAGCUAAAUGAUGAUCCUAAAAUCCGGGGCUUGGUUCUGCCCCACAGUCUUGUCAUGAGCGAUACAGCAAUAAAUGCAGUGCUUCCUGAGAAAGAUAUCGAUGGAAUCACAGAUGUUAAUUUAGGAAGACUAGUCCGUGGGAAUUUGAAUGAAUGCUUUGUACCACCAGCAGCAAGUGCAAUAAUAGAAUUACUGGAACAAGCAGAUUUAUGCGCCUUUGGGAAGAAGGUCUUAAUUAUAGGUGAGAAUGGUUCACGAGAAGCAGCCCUGCAGAAACUUUUACAAAUGAAAGGGAUGGUAGUUGUGAACUGCCAGUGGCAGAACACAAACAUUAUGGAACAGUGUCAUCAGAGUGAUGUGUUGGUAGUGACCAGUCCCGUGCCAGAAGGACUUGGAGAAGACUGGUUAAAAGCUGACACAACCAUAAUCGCCUGCAAUUUACCAGCUGCAGGUCUUAAUUCAAGUUCCAAUCACCAGGAUUUUCAGCAAGGCGAACAGGGUUCCUCACAUGAUGGAAUUGGUCUCCUGACAGCAGCAAUGCAGAUCAAGAAUACAGUUGAAAGCAGUGCCAGAUGGCUAAAACAGCAACAGCACAAAAAAUGGAAUCUUCGACCUCUCAAAUUGCAGCCCAUCUCCCCUGUUCCCAGUGACAUUGAGAUAUCCAGAGCGCAGACUCCAAAACCGAUUGAUGUCCUAGCCAAAGAGAUUGGCCUGCGCCAGUCAGAAAUGGAAGCCUACGGCAGUAAUAAAGCGAAAGUCAAAUUAUCUGUCUUGGACAGACUGAAGGAACAGCCGGAUGGAAAAUACAUAUUGGUUGCCGGAAUUACACCAACUCCUCUAGGAGAGGGGAAGAGUACAGUGACAAUGGGAUUGGUUCAAGCAUUAGUGGCCCAUCAAGGUGUUAAUGCCUUUGCUUGUGUGAGACAACCAUCUCAGGGACCAACAUUUGGUGUUAAAGGUGGAGCUGCAGGAGGUGGAUAUGCUCAGGUCAUCCCUAUGGAGGAGUUUAACCUUCAUCUAACUGGGGACAUCCAUGCAAUUACAGCUGCCAAUAACUUGUUGGCCGCAGCUAUAGAUGCCAGAAUUUUGCAUGAAGGCAGUCAGUCAGACCAGGCUUUGUAUAAUCGUUUGGUUCCCACUAUAAAUGGAAAGAGAAGUUUUUCUUCCAUCCAGCUUGCUCGGUUAACUCGAUUGGGGAUCCAGAAAAAGGACCCCCGCCAACUGACCCCAGAAGAAAUCUCAAAAUUUGUUCGUUUGGACAUUGAUCCAUCUACAAUUACCUGGCAACGAGUGCUUGAUACAAAUGAUCGUUUCUUGCGGAAAAUGACAAUAGGGCAGUCGAGUACGGAGAAAGGAUUUGCUCGUGAGGCUCAGUUUGACAUUGCUGUUGCCAGUGAAAUCAUGGCAAUCCUUGCCUUGACCACCAGCCUGGCUGACAUGAAGACUCGACUCGGUAAUAUUGUGGUGGCCAAUGACCGGAAAGGACAACCAGUUACUGCAGAAGAUCUGGGCGUGAGUGGUGCACUAGCUGUUCUGAUGAAAGAUGCUCUCAAGCCAACCUUGAUGCAAACUCUAGAGGGAACCCCUGUAUUUGUGCACGCUGGACCUUUUGCGAACAUUGCACAUGGUAGUUCUUCAGUUCUAGCUGACAAGUUGGCACUGAAGCUUGUUGGCAAGGAAGGGUUUGUAGUGACUGAAGCAGGCUUUGGUGCUGACAUUGGGAUGGAGAAGUUCUUCAACAUCAAGUGCAGAACAUCAGGCCUUCAGCCUAAUGUGGUAGUGCUUGUGGCAACAAUUCGUGCCUUGAAAAUGCAUGGUGGGGGCCCUAAUGUCACUGCAGGCAAGCCUCUAUCAAAAGAGUACACUGAGGAGAACCUGAAACUGGUGGCUGAUGGCUGCUGUAAUCUGCAAAAACAAAUACAAAUUGCUCAGCUGUUUGGGAUUCCAGUUGUAGUUGCUGUGAAUGUUUUCAAGACUGACACUAAAGCAGAGAUUGACCUUGCCUGUCAAAUUGCAAAACAGUCCGGAGCUUAUGAUGCAGUGCCAUGCAAUCACUGGACCAUUGGAGGCAGAGGAUCGUUACAGCUGGCAGAGGCUGUCAGGCAGGCUGCAGAGCAGAAGAGUAGCUUCGAUUACCUCUAUGACCUAAAGAUGCCUAUUGUAGAAAAGAUUCGCACAAUAGCACAGAAGGUUUAUGGGGCUGAGGACGUAGAGCUGUCACCUCAAGCCCAAUCCAAGGUGGACCUGUACAUCAGUCAGGGUUUUGGAGAGCUGCCAAUUUGCAUGGCGAAAACCCAUCUGUCACUAUCACAUCAACCCGAGUGCAAGGGAGUUCCUACUGGGUUCAUUUUGCCAAUCCGGGAUGUGCGUGCCAGUAUUGGGGCUGGCUUUAUCUAUCCGUUGGUGGGAACGAUGAGCACCAUGCCUGGAUUACCCACUCGGUCCUGUUUCUAUGACAUUGACAUUGAUUCGGACACAGAGCAAAUUAGUGGAUUGUUCUAAAGAUUGCCCAGAAACAUCUUGUCCUAUUUCCGGAAUUGAACAAACUUAAUCUCCAUUUGCCUAUUAAAGAAACUAUGGGAAGACAAUGGACUCAAGGUUUCCUAGACCUCUCCUGACCGAUUCUGAGGAGUGGAACUAGUUUAUGUGACUCUACAUUCCCUUGGUGGAUCUGUUUUUGUUUUUUGGUAGAUUAAAUCCAGAUUUUGAAACAUACCCAUUGGAUCUGUUGAAUUUUAGAUGCAAUUUUUUGUUGGUAGCAUUUAAAUUUUUUAAAAAUUGUUUUCACAUACUGAUACUAAAUGACUUGUUUACAAUGUUGCAUGUCCAUAUUUCAGUAACCUUAUUGAGAUUUGUGAAACUGAAAUGUCUAUGCAACAACUUAUUACAUCUGUCAAAUGUACCAACUGGUGCUUUGGUCACAUCGUUGCCUUGAAGGGUAGCAGCUAUUAUGGCAGCUGUCUUGUACCCAGGAGUCCAUCAAAUAAUUGAUCAGUGAAUCUGAGGCAAACUAAAAAUGACAUAUGAUACUGACACCCACACGAAGCUAAGUAUUUGUUAGUUAUGAAGACUAAUGAUUUUGUGGUAUUUUCAACUGAUUUUUCAAACCACUUAUUUCUUGGCAUAAUUUAAGAUGCCAAAGAACAGCUUAUAUGUUUUUCCCACUCCAAAUAUAAUCCAAAUAUCUCUGUGCAAAGCCAUGCUAGCGUCUAAUUGGUUUUAAAAGGCUUUGUUUCAAAUUGAUCAGCUCUGCAUCACAUGAGUAUUAUUAGAUAAUUAUCUGGUUGAUUCAUCGAUUUUUUUUUUUAGAAAAAAAUUGAGGAAAAUUUCAAUGAUGCUAUUAUUUAUUGCAGGUGAUUAAAAGGAAUUAUACUGAAGUAAGAAUUGUACUCAUGUUGGUUUAACCCCUUUGAUGCCUAAAGCUACCUGAUCCCUACUGAAGUGAAUAUUUGAAUUUGUGUUUUUAUUGUUUCAUGCUUUUCCGAAUAGCUCAUUGACUGCCUUCUGGAGCAGUAAUUGCAGCUUUCGCAUCUAUUCCUCAUGUCAGUGCCUUCUGUGAGCACCUUCAGGUGCUGGAGUGCAAUGAUGAUGAAGGGAUUCUGGAAACAAUGUUGAUGAAUUCUGUAUGCCUUAUUCUUUUUACUUGAGAUGGUGGGGGUCAAUUCAUGUGUGUGGGUCUUUGAUACAAACUUGAUUCCUUUGUUAAUGUUUAUGCUUUGUUCUCUGGUCAUAUUCCAGUGAUCACUAAUUUAUCUGUUUUUUUUUUGUUUUAUUUUAUUUGUAAUGACUAUUGAAAUACUUUGCAAUCCAUGUUUACAAGCUAAUAAAAAUCAUGCAAAUAUUAUUUCAA